GCGGAAGGAGAUGCUCUCUGGAAGUAGUCGGUGUUGAAAGGAGCGUGGCGGGCAAAGAUGAUUCAGGCGAUUCUGGUUUUCAAUAACCACGGGAAGCCGCGGCUAGUCCGCUUCUACCAGCGUUUCCCAGAAGAAAUUCAACAGCAGAUUAUUCGAGAGACCUUCCAUCUAGUUCUCAAGCGGGAUGACAACAUCUGUAACUUCUUGGAGGGUGGAAGUUUGAUUGGUGGCUCUGACUACAAACUGAUUUAUCGGCAUUAUGCUACCCUCUAUUUUGUAUUUUGUGUGGAUUCAUCAGAGAGUGAACUUGGGAUCUUGGACCUUAUCCAGGUUUUUGUGGAGACUCUGGAUAAGUGUUUCGAAAAUGUUUGUGAAUUGGAUUUGAUCUUCCAUAUGGAUAAGGUGCACUACAUUCUUCAGGAGGUGGUGAUGGGUGGGAUGGUGUUGGAAACAAACAUGAAUGAAAUCGUGGCUCAGAUUGAAGCUCAGAACAGGCUGGAGAAAUCCGAGGGUGGCCUUUCAGCAGCGCCCGCCCGGGCCGUGUCCGCUGUGAAAAAUAUCAACCUGCCGGAGAUGCCUCGGAAUAUCAACAUUGGCGAUCUCAACAUCAAAGUCCCCAACCUGUCCCAGUUUGUCUGAGAGUGGAGGAUGGCUGAACUGAGUCCUUGGAACCAGCAAAGCUGAGCCAGUCCUGCAGCAAAACCCACUCUGCGCCCUAGAGGAGUCCAGCCUCAGGCCGUGGCCCCUGCUGUCCCGAAGCGGGAAGGAGUCCUGUGUCCACUGGCAGCCUGUGCUUGCUUCUCACAUGUGCGGCCUUGCCCAUCUCUUGUACACACAGCCACUGCAGAUGUGAGGGGCCCUGGCUUCCUCAGUGGGGGUCAGGUGCCCAAGCCACUCGCCCCCUUUACCUGCCACGUGCAGCCACUCCCAGGGAUUGCAGACUGUAGUGAGAGGCCCCCCUGCUCCCAGAACCCCACCACGAGGAUGUUCUGUGGCGCGAGUCUUCAACCUUAGCACCACGAGGCUCCCUGAGGUCCUGUAGCAUUGACUUUCCUGGUGAGGUGCCAUAGCUAGAAAAGGGCUGACCCUCUAGAUUUGGGGAUGUGGUGAGUGGCAAACAAGGGCAGGAUGCUAUGAGAUCCAGAGUUGCCUACUGACUCUACUAGAUUUGGCACACCCAGAAUCCUUUUGUAUAGCCACGCUGUCUCAUCACCACCUCCUGCGGCAUACACUCCCCACUGCCACAGUCCUGGCCCUGCUCUCCCAGGUGUUUAUGUGCAGGACACAAUCCAAAUCAUAAGCCUGUUGUUUGCCUGCCCCCCACAUUUCUGCCAAUAGGGAGGGCACCCCCACACAGCCAGAGGGGUCCCCCUCAAAGGGGAGGGGCCCUGUGUCUGUAGAAAGCAAAGCUGACAACAUGUGGAACAUCUAAGAAUUAUGACUCUUCCAGGUUUAAAAUACAUUCUCCUUCCGAGGAGCAGACGGGUCAGUUGCUGUGUUAUGAAUGAUGAGUCUUCUUUGUACAGGAAACCCAGUGCUGUCUACACCAGCUUCUGGAGUAUGAGAGCCUGAGCUGGGGUCAUGUGUUCUGGACCUGGCACAGGGGAAGGCUGGGGACACGGCAGCCUGCUGGCUGAGACCGGUGGCAGUGCAGCAUCUUCUCCCCAGUGUGCGAGGGGUCCCUGCGUGAGCUCACUCUGGGCACGCCCUGUUCCCCUCAGAUGACAGUCCUCUAGAGCUAGCUGUGGAAACCUGUAAGUGUUUACGUUCGGUAAGAGCCUUUCUUCCUGUGGUUAACUUAGAGCUGAAGCUGCUCCCCGAAGUAGUGCCUCUUACUCCUGCGCUGCCUCGGGGCCAGGUCUCAGGUAUGAUGUUGAGCUGCCUUGAGAUUAGGGAGCUCGCUGCGCCAUCAUGGUAAAGUCUCCCAGCCUGGGGACUUUUCGUGCCUGCCGGCCGGUGGGCCAAACUGUUUCCUCAGGCCUCCUGAUGCUGUCGCAGAGUCCGUCUGAGAUGGUGCCCAGCAGGACCAUGGUCAGGACCAUGUCUUUUACCACUUUGAACAGUGCUUCCUGUGGUUGGUGCCCUUUGCUCCCUGUAGCCUCUUAACCUCAGUCUUUUGGAACAUCUCUGAUAACCUCAGAGAUGGGUAGUGUUGAUCAGAAUGUAGGCCCUCUUAUGUUGGAAGAGGGAAAUGUAGGUUUAUAUAUCUAUCUGAUGUUAAAACCUCUGAUAUUCUUUUAAAGAGUUUAAUUUUUAUUUUUAACAGACAUUUCAGUAUAUUCACAUCCCUCUCACAUUUGCUGAAAGUGAUAUAGGAACAAAGAAGGAAAACGAUAUUUAUUUUGCACCUCCUGUAAGGUGGCAUGAGCGAGAUCCUUCCACAAUCCUUACAACAGACACUGUUAUCUCCAUUUUGCAAGUCCAGAAAGUAAGACUCAGAGAGGUCAAGUAACCUGCUUUAGGUCACAAGGGCUAAGAAUUGAGACUGUCUGUCUGCCUAAAUCCACAGUUCAUUAUUUUUCACUGCUCAAGAUGGCUUCUCCCAAUUUUAUUUUCUUUCUUAUGGGUAAGGAAACCUCAAAAAGUUUAGGUAGCUUCUCAGAAACUGUGGUAAAAACCGGCUUGGUAGCCAGUGACAGUAUCAAAGAGUGUGAGCUGAGGGGUCCUCCACAUGCCUCCAUUGAACUGGUGAGGAAGCAGAAGCCCAGAGUGUUUAGUGUUGUGUCAAGGGUCACAGAGCUAGAACCAAGUCAGUUUUCUUUUUUCUUUUUUUAAAAUUUUUAUUGGAGUAGAGUUGAUUUACAAUGUUGUGUUAGUUUCAAGUGUGCAGCAAAGUGAAUCAGUUAUACAUAUACAUAUCAAGUUGUUUUUC